ACAAAAUCCCUCUUUCACAUCCAAUACAGAUCGAAAUUCAUCAAAUCAAAUCCAUGGCUCGUCUUUUCUCACAAACCCUAAUUAGAACAACAUCAUCAGCAUCGAAUUCCUUGCAAACAAUCAAAUUAAGCAUAUCGCAGCAGCAUCGAUUUGCGAGCCAAUCUGGAAAAUCUCAAUUGAUCGAGGUCGACCUUGAAUCUGAUAGCGAUGUGGAGGUUUUAGGGUUGAGAAAGCUCGAGGAUGCUAUCCAUAGUAUCAUCGUGAGACAAUCGGCGCCUGAUUGGCUUCCUUUCGUUCCUGGUUCAUCUUACUGGGUCCCUCCUCGUCGUCACCGGCCUGAUUCUCACGGCAUCAUUAGUGUGCUCAGAAAAUUUAGCAAAACGUUGACGGAUGAAGAAUCAAUGUCUAUUUCUUCCUCUCGUGGUUGGCCAUCCUCCGCUUAUUUCAUUGAAGGCACAUCCGAUGAUGAAUUCAUCCCCACCAUAAGCCCUGAGAUCUUUCAAACUCGCUUCCUAUUGUAGAUAUUUUUAGAAAAAGACUAAAAUACCCUUGAAGAAGUGGAAGCAAACAUGGUUGUACAGUUCAAGGCCUAUGGAUAUCAGCGAUUCGAGCUUUCUGUAUGUUGUUAUAACAUUCUCGUAUUCUCACCUUCUAAAUAAAAAUAAUAUCGUAUUAGCAUCAUAUGAAAUGUUCUGUUUUUAAGUACAUUGUCAUUAUGAGUUCAUGUAGUUCACCCAAAAGUGAUAGGGUCUGUUUGGUUUUGGUUGGACGGAAUGGAAUUGAAUGGACCAAGUAAUGGAAUGGACGAGGUAUUGGAAUGAAUCAUUAUCAUUCAUUUGUCAUGUUUGGUUACUAUGUUGAAU